AUGGACGUCCAGCAGGUCAACUCGCGGGUCAUCCACGAGGAGCCCGACACGGUCUACCAGGUCGAGGCCGACGGCGCCUCGGGCAAGCACCCCGCAGCUGCUGAUGCCCAACAAGGUGGUGCGGACGGAGGACAGGUCGAGCGGCAGAUGACGGCCCUCUCGAGCGCCUCCUACGAAGAGACCUAUCCCGAAGGCGGCUGGGCGGCGUGGAUUGUCGUCAUGGGUUCCUUCUUUGCCCUCUUUUCUGCCAUGGGCCUCAUGAACAGCAUCGCCAUCUUCCAGGCCUACACGCUGGACCACCAGCUCAAGGGCUACAGCGAGGGCACCGUUGGCUGGAUCUACUCCAUCUACACAUUUCUCGCCUUUUUCGGCGGCGUCUACUUUGGACCCAUCUUUGACAAGUACGGACCCCGGUGGCUUAUAAUCAGCGGUGCCGUCUGCGUCACGGGCGCCAUGGUUGGCAUGAGCUUCUGCACCAAACUCUGGCACUUUAUUCUGUCCUUUGGCAUCCUGGGCGGCCUCGGAACGUCUCUCAUCUUCACCCCGUGCAUCGCCGCCGUCGGCCACUGGUUCAAGGCCCGUCGUGGCUUCGCCACCGGCAUCGCCACUUGCGCAGGUGGGCUUGGCGGCAUCAUCUUCCCCCUCAUGCUGACGGACCUCUUUGAGCGCAUCGGCUACGGCUGGGCCACGCGCGUCGUGGCCCUCAUCUGCCUCGUCUGCAGCAGCAUCGGCAUCCUGCUCGUGCGGUCCCGCCUCCCGCCGGCCCAAAACGCCACGGCGCACCCGGACCCGCGCAUCUUCCGCCAGGUGCCCUUUACGCUCGCCACCAUUGGCAUCUUCCUGCUCGAGUUCUCCCUCUUCAUCCCCCUCGCCUACAUCUCGACGUACGCCAUACACAAGGGGUUCAGCCAGGCGUACGCCUACCACCUCAUCCCCAUCAUGAACGCCGGCUCCGUCGUCGGUCGCAGCCUGCCAGGCUACUACGCCGAUGUCAUCGGCGCCUUCAACACCUGCUUGCUGUCGGUGCUCCUCGCCCUCGUGGCGUGCCUCUGCAUCUGGCUGCCGCUCGGCCACACCAGUGCCGGCAUCAUCGUCUUCUCCGUGCUCUUUGGCUUCGCUAGCGGCACGAGCAUCGCCAUCGCGCCCGUCUGCAUCGGCCGCAUGUGCAAGACGCAAGAGUACGGCCGCUACUACGCCACCACCUACACCGUCGUCUCCUUUGCCUGCCUGAUUGGCAUUCCCAUUGCCGGAAGCAUCGUCCAGGCCAACGGCGGCGAGUAUCAGCAGCUCAUCAUUUUUACCGGCUGCAUCUAUGUCGGCUCCGCCGCGUUCCUCAUCUGGGCCAAGGCGGCCAAGCUCGGCUGGCAGAACUGGCUCGCCGCGUACUAA